UAAGAUGGUGAAUGACCAACUAUCGGAACUUGUCAAGCAACCUUGCUCGUUAUCGCAACAGUACGCAGGGAAAAAAUAAAAUUAGCAACAAAAGCAUAUUUAGCAUCCAAGUAACUGUGCUAAACGCCGCUGAUAUUGCUUUUUUUUGGCUAAAAUAAUUGGCCAGCCGAGCAGCAGAAGCGCCCGCCACGCGAUUCGGGACAUUGGAGCGUCGGAAAAUCGGAAUAUAGCCCCCAGAGCACACCACAGCUCAGCAUAGUAGCACGGGCCAGGGAAAGGAAAGGCACGGCACGGCACGGCAAGGCAAGGCAAGGCACGAAAGGGAAAAGGAAAAGGGAAAACGCAGCAAACGCCACUGGUUAAAGAGUUCUUGUGAUCUGGUCCUGGUGCUGGCAAUUGGAUUGGCUAUAGCUUGCUCCCCGAUCCCAACCAAACCGAUCCGAUCUAUUAUGAAUAACAAUAGCAAGCGGAAAACCCGACCUAGCGGCGGUGGUGGUGGCGGCAGCGGUGGAGGUGGCAGUGGCGGCGGCGGUGGAGGAGGAGGAGGAGGUGGCGGCGGCGGUGGAGCCAGCGGCGGCAUCUCAAGAUAUAACUCCAACGACAAUAGCCUGAGGCCGGCCAAUAACAAGGCGGGUGCAGGAUCAGGAGGCGGUAACGGAGGCGGAACAGUGCGUCCGGUGGCGCAGGGCGUCUACAACAACGCAUAUUUUAUGCACUCGGCCACGGCGCUGGUCGGUAGCGUGGUUGAAGUCCGCCUGCGGUCGGGCAACAUUUACGAGGGCGUAUUCCGCACAUUCUCUGGCAGCUUUGACAUCGCACUGGAGCUACCGGCGUGCAUUAAGUCCAAGAAUCUGCCGGACGAGGGUAAAGUACCCAAACACAUCAUAUUCCCGGCCGACACUGUGGUGACCAUCGUGGCCAAGGACUUUGAUUCGCAGUACGCCACUGCUGGCGGCUUUCAGACGGAUGGCGCCAUCUCUGACAAGUGCAACGGUGCGCGUCUUGACGAAAAGGAGCUGGAACCUUGGGACUCUGGCGCCAAUGGCGGCAUUGACAUAGAAUUAGAUACCGUUGCCAACGGCUGGGACCCCAACGAGAUGUUCCGCAAGAACCAGGACACAUUCGGAGUAACUUCGACGUUCGACGACUCCCUGGCCUCGUAUACCGUGCCGCUGGACAAAGUCGACUCGCAGGAGUACAAAGACGCAGAGGCCAAGGCUGAAGCGCUGGCCGCUGAGAUUGAGAACAAUCCAAUGUGCCGCGAUCGUUUGGAUCUGGAGAAUGGUGACGAGGAGGCGCUCUUUGCCGCCGUGGAGAGGCCCUCGGAUCAGGACCAUCGCAACGAUCGGGACAGGGAAAGAGAGCGGGAGCGCGAGGAUCGCGACAGGGACCGUGAUCGUGAUCGUGGCAACAAGUCGCGUGCCAACGACUUCCAACUGAGGGAGACCAUGAGCAGUGACCGCUACAUCACGAAGCAGACGCGCGUCUCCGGACCGCAACUAUUGCAUUUGGGCAUGUCAUCCCAGGGAGGUGGCGGUGGUGGUCGCGAUCGCGGGGAUCGCGACGUGAUGAUGCAAGGUGGCGGCAUGGCUGGCGGGGCUGGCCAAGGCGGCUCUACGCAGUCCACGGCAGCUCUGAUACUGGCCGGUGGACUGAAGGGCUCGGGACCAGCCGCGUCGGCCAAUGCGGCCACGGACACGUCCAGCAAGUAUGGCGGCGGUUCGAUGGUGAAGCGCAAGACAGUACCACAGGGUGGCAAGGGCGGCAAUGGGAACUCGGUGGGCCAAAACAAGGGCUACCAGCAGUCGAUGGGCAUGCAGAAUCAGUACUCGUACCAGGGUAACUCCCAGAUAAUGCAUGGCUCCUCUCAAUAUAGAAACCAAUCUCACAUGGGCGGCGCAUCCAAGCUUAAUGGCGACUCGAAUGCCAACAAUAACAAGCCACUGCCCCAGCGACCGAUGCGCCAGUAUCCGGUGUCGCAGAGCAACUCCUCGCUUAACUACAGCGGGGAGAAUCAGACGAUUGGCAAGCCAAUGCACGGCCAUCCGGGCCAGAACAGCAAUUCGCCGCCACUGCAGACUGGUGGGCAGCAGCAGCAGCAACAGCAGGCCCCGCAACAGCAGCCCCAACAGCAGCAACAGCCGCCGCUGCAGCAGCAGCAGCAGCACCAGAAUAUACAGGCCCAGGGCCAGAACACACAACCGGCGCGUCAGCGGACGCGUGAUACCCAAAUGCAGGAGCUGCGCCAGUUUGGACAGGACUUUACACUGGCGCCGAACAAUAAUUCGCCGCCGCAACAGCAGCAACAGCCACAGCAGCAGCAGCAGCCACAACAACAGCAGGCACAGCAGCAACAGCGUGCUCUGCAGCAAUCAGCAUCGCCGCCACAACAGCAGCAGACGCCACAACAGCAGCAGCCACAGCACGUUCCCAUGCAGACCCAAGUGCCUCCGCCGCAUUUGCAACAGCAACACUUUGUGCCUCAGCCGCAGCCCCAGCAGCUGCCGCCGCUCCAGCCGCAGCAUGUGCCCCAUCACUUGCAGCAGAAGGGUCAACAGCAACAGCAACAGCAGCAGCAGCAACAACAGCUGGUCGAGAGCCAGCAUCAGCAUGUGGCCAAGCAGCAACAGCAGCAGCAGCAGCCACAACUGGUCCAAGAUCCUUUACAGCAGCCGCAGACCAUCUACCAUGCAAUGCCACCGCCGCAGACCUCGCCGGUGGUUCUUGCCUCGCCCGUAUUGCUGGAGCAGGCGCCACCACCCCCGCAGCAACCUCUGCCGGUGUCCACACCCAAACCGGAAGCCUCACCGGCUCCGAGCAGCAACACUACCACGCCCACUGGCAUAGUCAGUACGCCCACGUCGGCGACGAUUGUCAGUGCCGGAUCAGGAUCAGAGAAAUCGACGCCGGCUGCCAGUGCGGCAAGCAGCACGGCGACCGUGACCAGCGGCACCAGCUCCGUUGCCGGAGCACCCAGCGGCACAACCCCGGUGGUUAAGAAGCCCUCAACCCUGAAUCCAUCGGCCAAGCCCUUCACGCCGCGAGGACCCAGCACGCCGAAUCCGUCUCGUCCACAUACCCCACAGCCCUCACAGACGCCGGUGCCGAUGGCGGGCCUGUACGCGACCACGGGUACGCAUGUGCCAGCGGCGGCGGCCAACCAGCCCAUUUACGUGGUGCAGCCCCAGCAUCCGUUCCCGCCUCAAACGCAUCCACAGGCCCAGCCACCACGCCUACGACGUAAUAACUAUGCUCCGAUUCCAUCACAGAUGCAUAUGUCGGCCACCGCGGCCACGGGACAGCCGCUAAUGGCCGCCGGGCCACCGUUUAUUCCGUACGGCCAUGCACCGCCUCAGCAACAUUUCCAAUCGGGGGCAUACGCGCCCAUGCAGAUGCGCGUGUACUCGGACCAGCCGCAGCAGCUGCAGUUCAUGGCGCAAACGCCACAGUCGACCACACCGUCGCCGGGCCAGCCGCAUCAGCAGUUCCAUCCGCCACCACAGCCCUCCCCCGCCGGCGGGGGACCCCAACCGGCGUACACGCCGCCCACACAACAGACCACAUACCACCUGAUGUGCGUACACCCCCAAUCGCUAAUACCCAGCCCAUAUUUCCCGCCGCCGACGCCCCAGCAUCCGCAACAGAAUCAACAGUAUCAGAUCGUUAUGCAGCAGCACCAUACGCAGUGAUGGACAAUGACCAACGGGGCGGCGGUAACGAACUGGAGGGCUGGGGGAGAGGGGAGCUCUCCCGAAGGAGACUCCUCAGGCGGCUAACGAAUGGGGGCUGUACGGGCAGCAGUCGUCAAGCAACAUUUUGGACACACAGACACACCACACACAACAAAAAGAGAACCAUGAAGCAUUCAUCAUAUUCACCAGCACCUGCAUCUGCAACUGCAUUAGCAUCUGCAUUCACAUCCGCAUCUGCAUCUGCAUUCGCAUCUAGCAUCUACAAUUGCAUCCGCAUCAUCCUUGAGUAAAUGCGCGGCUUUUGUUGUCGCUCCAAGCGAUAUUCGCCAAACAAUCCAAGCAAUCCUUCCAUGCCAUUCAUGCCACACCAGCACCAGCACCAUCCCCAUCCCCAUAACCCAUAACCCCCAGCAUUCUCAGAGACCGAAACACCACACCAAUAUAACACCAACAACAAACGAAAAACAACUAGGAAAUUAUAAAAUACAAUUAAACAAAAAAAAAACAAAAAAGGGAACUAGUAAAUUUUUUUGAAAUUGCAAGACUUCUACAGCGCACGGAAGCGAACGACAACAAGAAUAACAUCAAAAAAAAGUAUAAAGCAAAACAAACAAACACCAAACGUAUGAAAGCAAAUGCAAAAAUUGUAAAAAAAAAAAAAACACUAAAAAUGAAAAAAAAAAUUAUAUUAAAAAAAAAAGGCUUAAAGCAA